AUGUUCCCAGCGAUCACCAAGAUGAACAUACCGACAACGGGAGCCUCCGAAGGCUAUUCCGAAGGCACAGCAGUAGUUCGGAUUCUCCAACCACAACACAAAGGGAGUGAGGGCCGACGAGAUGAUGGCAAAGAUCUCCGUGGCUCCCCUAAGCGCGACUCGCUCGCAGCAGGGGAAUACUCUGAGCCAGCACAAUCUGGAAAUAUCUAUGAUUUUCUCGAUUACAGAUUAAAAAUGGCGAGCAAGCCAAAAGAAAAUUCGCUAGAAGAAUCAAACCUCACAACAAAAGACAUUAAAGCAAUGUUGUCUGGGGCACCUCACUUCCUCCUGGAGAAAGGCAAGCAUGGUCGAUGGUAUCCCCAGGUGAUCUUCCCCUGGGAUGAGCAGAACGCGGUAAUCCAACAUAUGUGGGAUCGCAAGCCGUUGCCCCAUGCGUCCUUUACUUUGAGCACACUUCAUGCUCAUCUACCGCUUCCAGAUGACUGGGCCGUGAAAGGCGGUGUUCCGACUGGAGUCCUCGACUGGCGCCGAACAGGCGCUAGCCACAGGGCAACGUUCGACGUCGGGAUCUUCGAAGUAUCCAACAUGCUGUCCAAUAACGGCAAAGAACCGGGCACUGUCGGUUUCCGGCACUUUCUUGAAUUACCUGUGGCUGACGCGAUCCGAUACACCGGCCCCGAAACCCCAAGGAAACCUCCGUAUUUACAACAAGUCUCAACCAUGGCGGCAACGGAGGCGUUCCAUUUAAUGGAGGGAUAUGAUAAGCCGUAUUCACAAUGCCAAAGUGGUGCCGUGUAUGAUCGGCAUAAACUCAUCUGCGAAGGCCCCGAAGCCUGGAAGCGCAUUGGAGUACGAGAUAUCAACCUGCGAUCUCUGGUGCAACGAUUAGAGCAUCUGCGCAAGUUCCGACAUGAGAUGCUCACAGAGGGAUCAAAGAAGACAAUUCUGGAUAUGGAAAGUCCGCGUGAGUUGCACGACAUUUUACACACGCAAUUCCUUUACCCUCGCCCUCCACCUACCGAUAUCAUAGAGGGUCAUCCACAAAGCGUCAAAUCCCAAAUCAAAACUUUGGCAAUCGUGCUGGCCACCCCCGGAGCAUGGAUCAAUUUCAGUCUCCCCGAAUGGCGCUUCCGAGCAGGGCAGGUCCUAUGGGAGGCGUCAUUGCAUGGCGAUGGGGACUGUCUAGACCCUAAUUCAAGCAAUGAGAAAGUGCCGUGGGAUGUUUUGACCAAGUCCGGGAUGGAGCGAAAGUGGUUGCUGAUCCAGCUGCUCCUCUCUGCUGAGUUGCUGCUUCGCUUGGAUGCCUUCGUUCGAGUUGGCAUGUUGUAUGAUCCGCACGGUGGUCAUAUCACGAUACAUGAGCUUGUACAAUUCGAGAAAUUGCGAGAAGGCAAGCUGAACUGGGAUCUGGUUGUUGUGCGUCGGUUCCUCAACAGCCUUGAUAUCACUUGCCCGUCGCCACAAUCAGGGCCAUCUCCGGGUGGCUCACAAUCAACCCCCAUAACCACCAAGUCGCAUGAGAAAAGCCAUCGUUUUUCGCUGCUUGAAAGCAUCACUCGGCGUAGCUCGCCCCCUGUUGCGGAUCUACAGUCUGCCUGGGACUGCGAACUGAGCUCCUCGCACGUUCGACAGCAGCUGGAGGGUCUGUAUGUCUUUGCAGAAAACAUUGGAUGGCCAAAAUUGGCUGCACUGAGAGCAACCAUGGAGCUCAAACUUGGAGACCCUAGCAAUCCAGUUCUACCAGCCUUAGUCGUCGAUGACAAGUGGGGACAGGAAAAAAUAGCCAAGGAGAUGUUACUGGCCAAGGAGGACAUGUACACACGAAAUCCCUGCCGGCGACGCGUCAAGCUUUGUAGCUCUGGCGAUCCACAGUCUAAAAAUUUAGGCUGGAUCUCACGCUCCUUGCUCUCCGGGUUCGUGAUACCCGGAGAGGCGAUUAGUCACCUUCUCAUGGCGACACUGCUUGAGAACGACGCGGAUGCACCGGAUCAACUGGGCUCAAUUGCCAACCUCUAUGGAGGAUUCGUCUAUAGCGAACGGAGUUGGUGGAGUAAAGCAUGCGUGGUCGGACGUGUCUUAUCUAGUUCAAAGGGAGCUAAGACGUGCAUGGGGUGGAUCAGCAGCGACAUGGUGCCCCGCGACGCGAUUACGCAAGAACUAUUCAAGUGUGGAUGGCUUGAACUCCCCGUUGAAGAGGUUCCACAGAUCUCGAGAAGGCCUCGAAUCAAGCAGGGAGCCAAGCUCAUGGUGGAAUCGACACCGUUAGGCAUGGGAGAUAUCACAGCAGAGGCCUUUACGCUUCCAGCGGAGAAUCCGGAGCCAAGUGCAACACCCAGUGUCAAUAUCGAAGGGUUGACUCUGUCUAUCAAUGAUUACAGGCCUCCCAAUAGCAACGGCAUCACACCUGCUGAGGCAUCCGUGUCGUUCUCAAUCAAAGACGCAGAUGCUGGGGUUUCAACUACGGUUUGUUUCCCUCUCAAGUAUAAUGUGCGUUUUAUAUCUGCCCAUGAGUGCUGUCCGCCGAUGGGGGUCGUCUCGCACAAAUCAUCCGACCGUGAGGAAAAUGAGAACCGGCAGCCUACGAGACCCAUGUCCAAGUACACACGUCUACCAGGCCACCCUUUGCACAGCUCUUAUCGAUACAAGUAUAUUUCGUUGGACUCCCUUUCCUCUACCCCGGCACCGCAACCGACAUCGUCACAAGACCCGGAGAUUAUUGUCAUCGAUGCGCGGGGUAACCGAGACAGGGAAACAUUCGCUAGGGCGUGGUGUGCUGCUGUUGGGUGUCAUGCAAUUAUAAGUCGAUUCGGAGGAACUCGUGUGACAUGUUGUGUCGCAUGUUCAGUAAGGCAAGCGAGAGCCAUUGAUGUAAUGGUGGUGGUACGUGUAAGCGAAUGA